CAGUUGGUUGAAGACAGUCUUUUUAGCAGCCUGGUAGGAACUUAACCGAAAGAAGAAAGAAAGAAAGAGUCAUGUUUGUGGCUCACAGUUGGACCAGUUGACAAUACAACGCAACAAACAUAGACAACAUGAACAAGUCCUUACUCGCUAUAUUGCCGAAAGACCAAGAACAGAACCACUCCUUUUAAAUAUCAUUCCUUCACCCUUUCCCAAACCUCUUUCCCCAUUCUCUUUUCAUUUUUCAACUCUUGGUAUUUAACCACUCAUCCAUCUCUCCUUAGACUUGUGCAUUUUCUGUUGGCUUCCAAAGAGUGUGGCAGUCACAUCCCAGGAUCAUUAUGAGUUGUGGCUGCUUUGGAGCCUCAACUCUCAAGAAGAAAAGGAAUCCUUCUGAUACUCCUAAUGAGAUUGAUGGCUUUCCACUUGAUAAUGUUAAGAAUUUCUCUGAUAAAGACCUGAGACUGGCCACUGAUAACUAUAAUCCAAGCAAAAAGCUAGGACGAGGAGGUUUUGGUAUCGUGUACCAGGGAACCUUAAAAAAUGGAAGGCAGGUAGCAGUGAAGACACUUUCAGCUGGGUCAAAGCAGGGAGUUCGUGAAUUUUUAACUGAAAUCAAAACUAUAUCAAAUGUUAAGCAUCCAAACCUUGUUGAAUUGGUUGGUUGCUGCGUUCAAGAACCUAAUCGCAUAUUGGUGUACGAAUUUGUGGAAAAUAACAGCCUUGAUCGUGCAUUACUAGGCUCAAGAGGUUCAAAUAUCAGAUUAGACUGGAGAAAAAGAUCUGCUAUUUGCAUGGGUACUGCAAGAGGUCUUGCAUUUCUUCACGAAGAACAUGUGCCACACAUUGUGCACAGAGACAUCAAGGCAAGCAACAUACUACUUGACAGAGACUUCAAUCCAAAAAUAGGAGAUUUUGGGUUGGCUAAAUUGUUUCCAGAUGACAUCACUCACAUUAGCACAAGGAUAGCUGGAACAACUGGUUACUUGGCACCAGAGUAUGCAAUGGGUGGCCAGUUAACCAUGAAGGCUGAUGUAUACAGUUUUGGGGUUCUUAUACUUGAAAUAAUCAGUGGCAAAAGCAGUGCAAGGACAAACUGGGGAGGGUCCAACAAAUUUCUAUUGGAAUGGGCUUGGCAACUGUAUGAAGAGGGGAAACUGUUGGAGCUUGUGGAUCCAGACAUGGUUGAAUUCCCCGAGAAAGAGGUAAUAAGGUACAUGAAGGUUGCAUUUUUCUGCACACAAGCAGCAGCAAGUAGAAGGCCAAUGAUGUCCCAGGUUGUGGAUAUGCUGUCCAAGAACAUGAGGCUGAAUGAAAAGCAACUAACAGCACCAGGGUUGUUCCAGGAUUCAGGAGCUUCCUCUCAAAAGAAGUCAUCCUUUGAAUCCACUGGCUAUCAAUUUAGCUCUAACCCUUCCAGUAUUACUCAGUUGGCCCCACGGUGAAGCAUAAACCAAACUUUGGAUGUGUGAAUCGCAUAGUUAAUAUUAUAGUAGGAAAGGAGAAAAAAAAAUAGAGAGAAAGAACAAAGAGGGAUUAUCUUCUUUUUUAUUUUAGAUUUUUCUCUUUUUGGAUCUUAUUUUUAAGAAUGUAUUAUAAUUAUAAGGUGGGCUUGGAUAAGUAUUUUUUGAAAAAAGUGGUUUUAUGAUAUUGCAAGGGUGUAUAAACUUGGUGACACUAAUAAAAUUUCAAAUUAAUCCCCAAAA